UGUACACACACACACACACGUACAUACACACACAUACAGACACAUGUAUACACAGGCACAUGUACAGACACACAUACAUGUACAUACACACAGACACAUGUACACACACACAUACAAAUAUAUGUACACACACACACACCAAAUAUAAAAAGUUGCAGUACUUCGUUACGUCCACUCACAGAGCCUGGUACUGCACUCUAGGGGGAGGCAGAGAGUACAAAACACACUCCUUCCUUUGCUUUCACUGCGCUCAGCUAUUGAGCAGUCUGAUGGCUCCCAGUGCCAAUGACAGAUCUGGCCUGAGCUCUGAGCCUGCUGAGCAAGACGGCCCUGGGGGACACACUCGCCCCCACCAUAAUUUCCACUCGCCAAUGCGAGCAGAAAUUUCAAGGCCUGGUGUAAGG